AUGGCAGUUUCCACCGUCCGGGCCAUGAUGGCCCUGCGUUCCAGUGCUGGUCGGCCUAUUGCUUUUAUCAGAAAAAUUCCUUGGACUGCGGCGUCGAGUGAGCUGAGAGAACAUUUUGCUCAGUUUGGCCAUAUAAAAAAGUGUACUGUACCUUUUGACAAAGAGACUGGCUUUCACAAAGGCUUCGGUUGGGUUCACUUUUCUUCACAGGAAGAACUUCAGAAUGCACUACAACACGAAAAUCAUAUUAUUGAUGGGGUAAAGAUCCAUGUUCAAGCUCAGAAAACAAAGGUUUCUGAUGAAGAGGAAGAUUUAUGAUAUGAUUCAUGUACUUCCCAUUAAAUAAACAUAACAGACUUUU